GACGUUUAAUGUUGAGGCACCAUGCCAGACCGUGGAAGAUUUAACGAGUGGGGUUGUGAUGGCCCAGGUUCUUCAAAAAAUAGACCCUGCUUACUUCGAUGAAAAUUGGCUGAACAGAAUCAAAACAGAAGUAGGAGAUAAUUGGAGGCUGAAGGUAAGCAACCUGAAGAAAAUUUUGAAAGGAAUAUUGGAUUACAAUCAUGAGAUUCUGGGGCAACAGAUAAAUGACUUCACCCUUCCUGAUGUUAACCUAAUUGGAGAGCAUGCUGAUGCUGCAGAGCUUGGGAGAAUGCUUCAGCUUAUCUUAGGAUGCGCUGUGAAUUGUGAACAGAAGCAAGAAUACAUCCAGACCAUAAUGAUGAUGGAAGAAUCAGUUCAACAUGUUGUCAUGACAGCCAUUCAGGAGUUGAUGAGUAAAGAGUCUCCAGUCUCUGUUGGAAAUGAUGCUUACGUUGACCUUGAUCGACAGCUGAAGAAAACUACAGAAGAAUUAAAUGAAGCACUAGCAACAAAAGAAGAAAUUGCCCAGAGAUGUCACGAGUUAGACAUGCAGGUUGCAGCCCUCCAAGAGGAGAAGAGCAGCCUGCUUGCUGAGAACCAGAUUUUGAUGGAACGCUUAAAUCAGUCUGAUUCUAUUGAAGAUCCCAACAGCCCUGCAGGUCGUAGGCACCUGCAGCUGCAGACACAACUAGAACAGCUCCAAGAGGAAACAUUCAGAUUAGAAGCUGCCAAAGAUGACUAUCGAAUACGCUGUGAAGAACUUGAAAAGGAAAUUGCAGAAUUGAGACAACAAACAGAAGAGCUUACUACACUGGCAGAGGAGGCUCAGUCUUUGAAGGAUGAGAUAGAUGUACUCAGGCAUUCUUCUGAUAAAGUAGCCAAGUUAGAAAGCCAGGUAGAGUCAUACAAAAAGAAAUUGGAAGAUCUGGGUGAUUUGCGGCGUCAAGUGAAGCUUUUAGAAGAGAAGAAUACAAUGUACAUGCAAAAUACUGUGAGCCUGGAGGAAGAAUUAAGGAAGGCCAACGCAGCCCGCAGUCAGCUGGAAACAUACAAGAGACAGGCAGUUGAACUACAAAACAGGUUAUCUGAAGAGUCCAAGAAAGCUGAUAAAUUAGAUUAUGAAUGCAAACGACUGAAAGAAAAAGUAGACAGCCUCCAAAAAGAAAAAGAUAGAUUAAGAACAGAAAGGGAUUCCUUGAAAGAAACUAUUGAAGAGCUUAGAUGUGUACAAGCUCAGGAGGGUCAACUCACCACUACAGGAUUGAUGCCUCUGGGAAGACAAGAACCUUCUGACAGUUUAGCAGCAGAAAUCAUUACUCCUGAAAUAAAGGAGAAACUCAUUCGCCUUCAGCAUGAGAACAAGAUGUUAAAAUUGAACCAAGAAGGUUCUGACAAUGAAAAGAUUGCCUUGCUGCAGAGCCUUCUUGAUGAUGCAAACUUACGGAAGAAUGAACUGGAGACAGAAAACAGAUUGGUAAAUCAGAGACUUCUAGAAGUGCAGUCCCAGGUUGAAGAACUACAAAAAUCUUUACAGGAUCAAGGUUCAAAAGCUGAAGAUUCAAUGCUUCUGAAAAAGAAACUUGAAGAACAUCUUGAGAAACUCCAUGAAGCUAACAAUGAGCUACAGAAGAAACGAGCUAUUAUUGAAGAUUUGGAACCAAGAUGCAAUAACAGUUCACUUAAAAUUGAAGAAUUACAAGAAGCUUUACGGAAGAAGGAGGAGGAAAUGAAACAAAUGGAAGAACGAUACAAAAAGUAUUUGGAAAAGGCCAAAAGUGUCAUCCGCACAUUGGAUCCUAAACAGAACCAGGGUGCUGCUCCUGAGAUUCAGGCACUGAAAAAUCAGUUGCAGGAGCGGGACAGAAUGUUUCAUUCUCUGGAGAAAGAAUAUGAGAAAACAAAAAGUCAAAGAGAAAUGGAGGAAAAAUUUAUCGUUAGUGCCUGGUACAAUAUGGGGAUGACUCUGCACAAAAAAGCAGCAGAAGAUAGACUGGCUAGUACAGGCUCAGGACAGUCCUUCCUGGCUAGACAAAGGCAAGCCACGAGCACAAGGAGAUCUUACCCUGGCCAUGUUCAGCCAGCAACAGCAAGGUAGAGAAGCCUUGCCUUUAGAAAGAAAACUGCCCUGUGAUCCAGGCCACUUCUGUUGCAAGUGACAACAUUCAAGGAAAAUAAACCAGCAUCCUUUCUCUUUCUCCCUUGUUACUGCUAUUAUUUUACAGUUCAGGAAAGGGUUUUAUUAUGGUUUCUCAUUGUUCUGUAAUGCCCUUUGCUUAUAUUUUUGAAGUCCAUUUCUUUCUCUCUCUCUCUCUCUCUGCAUUUUUUGAAUGUGCCAAAAUUUUAAAACCAUCUAGAGGAGUGCUGUAUCAUAACAGUCUUAUUUGUAUGAAGCCUGGUCUCUUAUGAAAAGCCUUAUGUGGACCAUGUAACAAUGUAGAUUUCUUGUCACAGUUGGUACUUUUGUGCCAUAAGGGUUGCUAUGCUUUAUAUAAGACUGUUCUUGUUCAAAGGGAAUUAGGCUUUUUAUUUCAUGUGCUAACCCGUUGCUUCAGAAAAAUGCUGAAAUCUCAUUACAGAAAUGCAAAAUUAGAAUAUAAUGUUAUUGUGAAAUAUAUUUCCUGCUGCAAAACUUACCAAUGCAAAAAAGAAUGAUUUUUUUUUUUUAAAUCUCCUACAUGCGAAGUUUGUUCUUAUUCUUGGCAUUUGAUAGGGAAGCAGGAUGAUUUUUUUCAGGUUUUUCUUUAUCAACUGGUGUUACCUCUUUUGCUCGUAGAGAUGAAUAUUUUCAAAUGGUUUGUUCCACUCUUCUUGGUCAAGUGUACACUUAAAUACAUAUUCUAAAAAAGUGGAGAAAUAUUUGGAAUGCUCUAAUACACUACUGCAUCAUCCAUUUAAAAAGGACAUUUGUUUUAAAUUUUAUAAUUAUGGAUGAGCAACACAUAAUGAAUCAAGGCCCCGAUUAAUAUUGUUAAUGUAUUCCAGUUGUCAUCCCCUACUAAAAUGCUUGCUUUUAAUAUAUUGAUUCUGGGGAUAAUUGUAUCAGUUGCCUUACUAAUGGUACCAGUGCCUUCAGGUGAGUUUGUUGCUGACUUUGUUGGAAACUGGCUGUGAUUUGUUGUACUGCCUUUUGAGUAUGUAGCUUCUUAAUUGUUGUAGUACCUUCAUAUUCAUCAGUGGGGUGGAUGGAGGUUCCUCCUAUUUAGGUUCUGUUCCUACCAAGUUGUGCUUUUUCUCCUGACUAAUUCUCUGCAUUCCCUAUCAUUUUUGUUGAAGAAUUUUUGGACACAGAGAACCUGAAUAUUGGUUGAAACUUCCAUAUACAUACAUCUUGUUGUAAUUUAGUUUUAAAUAGUUUUCAUUUAGAGACUGUUUGGACCCUGAUGCACAUGCAGUUGGUUUAUAAAUUUAUUCUUUUACUUUAUUUUAAUACCCUCCCAAGUGAAGACAUUUUGUUAUAAAUCCCUUUAGAGAAAAUACAUAGUAGCAUUUAUUAAUCAUCUGAAUGUCUAUGUUAAUUCACAAGUUGGGUAGAAUGAGCAAAGGAUAAUUAAAACAAGCACACCUAGAUUAAAGGGUAAUAAAGAGAUGAAUGACAUUUUUAGGUACUGCUGUUUUAUUCUCAAGUACGUGAUCUGCUUUAGUCUAGGCUAAGAAAUACAUUCAGUAUGUGUCUGAAAAUAAUUUUCAGUUCUGAUUAUCCACUGCCCCCCAAAACCAGAAAGUGAAUUCUAUUGAUUGAAUGUAGCUUUACUCCUCACAUUUGGAAAAAGACAGUUUUCUGAAAGUUCUCUGUACUUAGUCAGGGUAUGACAGGUCUGGGCUGUGGUUGCAAGGAUUAGGUAAGACAUUGCAAAGUUUCUUGUGUGCAGGAAGGUAACAAUGUGAAGGAAGUUGAGGACAAUUUCUGUAGCUCAGUGAGGUGAUACUCAUUUUGCUGUCUCUUACUGAGGUACAGAAUGCUGUGUGUGUGUUAUCUGGCAAGAUGACUACAGUUUUUGUGGGACAUCUUUCAUUGAUCUUGUUGUGAAAUGUAUUCUAGUAGUUUGAAGAACUGUUUGCCACAUGCUGUGUGUGAACAGGAGCAAGUAAGAUCAGUUGAUGUUCUUGUUUGAGAUUACAGCAUUUUAUAUCAGAGAAAGAACCUAAGAAUACCUAAAGCUUCCUUUUUAUUUUAAUCUGUCUGGCUUUUUCUGUUACUAAACUGCCAAAGGGUAUUUGUGAAAGAAAGGAAUGUGACCUUAACGGGAAGCUUCAUCUCUUAAUUUUGUGUCAAAAUUUAAUUCCCCAUUGCUGUUAAUCAGGCACAGGUCUAAAAUAACUAGGACAUGGUCUGCAAACUAGAAUACAACUAGUUGCUUUUAUUUUGUUAACACUUGUUUUACCAUUUUGCCUCCAAAGUUUGGAUGAUUAGUUAGGAGAUGAACAAAUGCUGGUUAGAGGCCUUGUCUUUUGCUUUUACUUUCCAAUCUCUCAUGGCUUCUUUUGCUUCUUGGUAGUUUUUGGCUUUUCUCUUCUGCUUUGUGAUUCUGCCUUUCCUUUUCCCUCAAGACACUGAAGUGUUUUCUGUAGUUCCCUUCAAGCAUAUAGCAUCAUUAUGUAGCAUCAAAGAGCAAAACAAAACUAAUAUUGAAUCUAAACUUUCCUGUUGCCCACAGUGAUUUUUGGGCAAGUGAACAAUCUUUGAGAAUUUACAAACCUGCAGAAAUUCUGGUAUUUCCCAGAAUUUUUGUUGAAUAUAAAAACCUAAAAAUGUACUGCACUCUUACAGAAAUAUACUUGAUUGCUGUCCAGUUCCAGUAAGUAAUUUGUUCUGCAUUAGGGAAUUUAAUUCCUUAUUCUUUAACAUUUUAAUUCUGUUACUUGCUGCAUACAUCCAUUGUUAAUCUUUGGGUGUGGAUGAAUGCAAGUGGUAAACAUCAUUAAACCUCCUCUUUCACAAGAACAGCUUCUUUAUUCAAAGAGUUCAAGCUUCAUUAUUUUCCUUGCUUGUUAUGUAGCUUUGGAAGUAGUGUGGUAUUAGGAAAAAGAAGAAGCUCGGAGUGUAACUCCAGGGAAUAAACACAUAUAUAGGUGAGCCACCAGUGAAUGUUCUUUAUUUGUCUUGUCUUCAGUAAUAAAAGAAUAUAAGCAAUAAACCCAAGCUAUAAAACAGAAUUCUCUCAUUACAUUGGAUAGUUCCAGAAAGUUUUUAGGGAUACUUUUUUCCUGAGGCAAUAAAGACUGUUUACAUCAAAAUUGUUGUGGUAACUGCUAAAGCAAUGCUAUAUCCUGUCCUGAUACACUACAGAAAAAAAACAAACCUACAACUGAGCUUGAAGAGAAAAGGUUCUAGGGCAGUGAUGAAACAGCUGAGGAGUUCAUGAGAGGACUUUGCUGAGCGCUGUGCUGAGGGUCUGCCCAGAGUAAUCUUUCUGACAGAUUUUAAUUAAUGCCAAUAAAAGUUAACAGAUAAAUGGAUGAAUAUUUUCAUUGUUCAGAGCUGAAGCUUAGUUUCUGAUCUUGAAGAAUAUCUGUGCAGUCCAGUUUGUAUACUUCUGUGGGGAGUUAAGUUGUUAGCAUAUCCAAUCAGGCAUUACAGAAAAAAAAAUACUCAAGUUCCUUUUCUUGAUAGCAACACAUAGCCACUUGGAUCAUAACACAUAUUUUCUAAGUGCUAGGAAAACUGAAGUAAUCUAAUUUAAAGGUUGUGUGUUCCACCCACAGUGUAAGGGAAAGAAAUGUCUGGAGCACAGAGCUUUACACAUUGCAAAAUGAAAUAAAUAUGUAGUGGCUACAGGAUGCCUUUCAUUCUGUCUUUGAAAAUAAGCAAAUGCUAGUCUUGUCCUGUUCCAGUGUCACCCGAGUUAGCAGUAAUGCUUCUGCAAGUUUUCUGUGGCUUUCUGUUCUGUAAGGGGCACUGGCAAUUUUAUAAUCAUUGUGUAUGAAAGAAUUAACAGUGAAUAUUCCUAUUACUGCUUUAUGAUGAUCUUAAAUAGUUUUAAGUGGUAUGUGCAAGCUGUCAAGAAAAUUUAAAAGGAUUUGGCAGUUUUAAAGUCCUUGGUAUUUUGGCAUAUGCAGGUAGCUCUUGCUUUUCCUCGGUUCUCUAGUAUAUUAGACUAUACACUUAAAAACAUGUAAUCAUCCUUUCAUGGAUGAUUUUUAGGGGUUUAAUUGUCCUGAUGUGUUGACAUUUUUUUGUAGAUUUGGUAGUUGAAAAACAUUUUGGUGUCACCAUUUGAUUUCCUUCCUAUUAGUGAUUUGGAGGAAGACUGUCCUGAAUGUGGCUAACUUUUCUUUUUAUUAUGAAGCAAAACAGGAUCUGAAUUUUACUUAUUGUAUAGGGAUUUUUAUUUUUUUUUGUUCUUGACCAACAUUUUGACUUCUUGCAAGGAUUGAUGAGGGAGGUAUUUUUGCACUCAAAGUCAGCUAUGCAGUACUGACUUCUUAUGGGUUUUUGCACACGUGUUUUAGGUAGAAUGUGGACUCUGUGUUUUGCAUUAAUAUUGUGUGAAUAGCUUCAAUAUCUCCAAACCAAUUUUAGCAAAUUUUGCAGGUGUUUUCCUCAACUGUUAUUGCAUAAAUAAAUAGCUAAAAAAGUUUACUAUGUCAGAAUAUACUUUCAAGUCAUGGGGUUUUUUUUUUGGAGCAGCCUUGAGACUCUAGGUAGGAUCCCAACCAUGCCUCCAGUUUGUCACUUUUAAGAAAUCAGAAAAAUAUCUUGGCAUGAAUGAUGUGCAUUGCCUUACUCCUGUGAUAUUUCUUCCUUCUGGAAGUCUGGAAAAGUAGCAGAAGCUUGUCAGUGACCCUGCAGGCUAUUACUGAAAAUAAGGUGUGAUUUUUUUCAGUUUGAAAAUGGAGGAGACAGAUGCAAGCAACUGUUCAGUACAAAAAUGGGAAGAGCAGUGUAUCUUUCACCAUUUUGCAUUUUGGUGUUAAUUUUAAAAGUAAUGAGAAAGAACCUUUGCUUUUUGAGCUAGGUUUUUCUCCUUUUUUUUUUUUAAUUAAUUUUUAAUUUUAACUGAUUAUUUAAUUUUAACUGAUUACUUAAUCAGGGCAGAAACUGUCAUUGCCAGCCAGAUCAACCUCAGACUUCUUGCAUCUGGUACAGUGAAACCCUGGAAAUUCUGACUCUGCUGCCAGCUCCACUGUACCAUUUGGAAUUGUUGAGGACUUAGCUUUGUCCCCUGUUUUAUCUUGACUUUAUUUUUGUGGAUUCAUUAAAAUAUUGGGACAUAAAGUUCAUUUUUAAAACGUAUCAGCUCAUUGAAUUAGGUAAUGAAUGAGUGUUGAUUGAGGGGCUUUAGAAAACUUGACAAAUCCCAUGGUGCAGCAAUAUAGCCAAGCCAGUUUUCCAGACAAAUUGUCCUGGUGUCAGAUUAUAGUCAGUGGAUCAACAGGAACUCACACUAACUGCUACAGCUGAAGUCCUCAUCUAUUAGUUGCUGGGGGAUGGUGUUGGUGUCAACUUCACUGAGGCCCAGACUGUAACCUUCACCUUUGGGCCUUACCAAGGUAGUGAAGGACUAUCUUGAAAUAUAUCUCUGUAUUAGUUGGCUCUGGUGGCAAAUCAGGAAUUUCCUCUGCUGCUGUUUGCUGUGUGUGUGAAGUCAUUUGGAAAAUUAAAUAUCCUUCAAUCCCCUUUACACUAUGUGCCAGUUCCAGACUGGAAGCAGAUUCCAUUUGUCGGAUAAAAAUUUCUUGCUCCUGUUCUGCUGACUUGGAUCUCAGAGACUGAUCCAUACAACAUGAAAAAUAUUGUUAGUAGAGGGAAAUCUAGGACAAUUGGGAAGCCUCUCCUUUCUGGUGGUGACUUUAUUCAUUGUUUUGCAUUAGAGAGGUCCUAAUGCAAAGGGCUGAAGUUAGAAUAGCAUAUUUCAGAAGGAGGAAGGUGCUUGUUUUAGUCGUUACAAAAGCAGUCAUUUGCCAACACUUUGAGGAACUGUUAACCUACCAUAGCAUGGCACAAACCAGAAACACUGCAAAAGCAAGGGUUUCCCCAGGUAAACAGCAGUUUGUUAUCCAAAAGGAACUUGAAUCCCCAAUGAUUAUACCUGCCUUAAAGGCCAGUUGUUCUGUUGCCCUGCUCGUGCUGUUAGACUGAUCAUGAAAAUGAGCAGGAUUUUAAGAGAAAAAUACCAAAUGAUGUAAUAUUUAUGGGGCUAUAAAAUAGUCGUAAUGAGACCAUCAGAUUUUUUUAUUUGGAUUUGAAUGUAACAUCAAUUAUGUAAUUUGAAAUUUUGUAAAGCAAGAGAUUAUUAUUUUCAGUCACCAAAGGUUAGUAAGCCAGAGAAUAAACUUAUUUCCUGGAGCCAUCGGUGGUUUUGAGAGAGAUUUUAAAGCUUUUAUUUAGAGGUAUAGGUAAAGUUUGGGAGUAGUUAUAAGGAUUACAUUAUAAAGCCACAAUUUUUAAAAUUUGUAGUCUGCUUUCUAUUCUCUCUGUCAUUCCUCCAUAGACACACAUUAUCUGCUGUAUAAACUCUCUCUUUCUGAAGAUGCUGGAGAUGCAGGGACAGGUUAUACUCAGUGAAUUUACCCUCACAUCUUGCAUCUCUCUUGUCUUCUGAAGUGUUGCUGCCUCGACAGGUAGCUUUAAAAUAGAGAGAAAGAAGUUGACAGCCAACUUUUUUUUUUUUAGAACAAGAUUAGAAUUUUUAGUCAGGAAAGGGCACUGACAGAUGACUUUUUUACAUCCUUGAAAGAUAAUACAGUGUCCUGAGUUUACAAGACCUCUCAAAAGUACUAUUUACUCGAAGAGAAAUCUCCAGUGUCACUUCCUGUGUGCAACAGGACACUUGAAGUGCUACUAAAUAGUGAGUCUGAACUAAAUAAUAGCCAGGUGAGACUAAAGGAGUAGAUUAUAUUCAUUUAUGCACAAUAGAAUAGGUACCUGCUUACGUAGCUUGAACUUAUAAUUUUUUAUAGAACAACUACAGUGAUCUUCAUAUUAUUAAUCCUGAACUCUGUAACUUUAUGCACCCAAGCAGUGCCAGGCAAGCUUAACAGACAGUGAUUGCUCAAAAUACACCCUCAAGGUCUGCUUUGAAUGUGUUAAUUUUUUAUUCCAUUUGAUACGUGUUUCUAUGUUUCUGUUUGUUUUUCGUCCAUAGUUAGUGUUCUGGGUGGAUGAAUGAGAAGGGAAAAAAGAGGGAUACACAAGCUGCAGGACUUGUAGCAGCUUUGUCAUAAAUAUUCUUUCUUCUCUAUUUAACCUGGACUUUCCCAUCACAAGAAGCAUUCUUAGAAUCAUUUAUGACCAGUGCAAUACAAGGGAGAGAAGGAACUGAGGAGAGAAACGGGCUCUGACUUCAGUCUGGAGAAGCCAGUUUGCUCUUUGCAAUGCAAAGACCCAAAUGCCCAUUUAGUGCUGUGCCAAUGCUGUGUAGGGACAUCUGUACCCUGGGGAAGCUGAAAGCACCAUGGCUGUGUCAGUAAAGCAGUCCAUUCUGGUCACAAUGCCCAAGAAAGAGGGUGCAUCAGUAAGGAUGGAGAAACAUGUCAGCCUCUCCAGUUCUCCUCCGAACUUCUGCAGCAUUGUGAUGUGCUCUUUGGACUGCUCAGUGGCUCCUACUCAGCUUUACUUUAACAAGAGUACAUAUCAUUUUCUUGCAAUUCCAACCUGUAUUUGCCUGCAGUAAACAGAACUUGCCAGUGCAGCACAGCAGUGAUGCUGAGUUGUAGCCUCAUGCACCAGAUGAGCUCUGAUGAAACAUAAAUGCCCAAAGUCUUUAGUGGUGCUCAGAGUUGGAAGACUCAGACAGUCAUUGUGACCCUGAUUGUCUUUUCAUAAGUAACCACAUGCAGUGUUGGACAGGCACCUUUCACUUUAUAUUGCUUUGGUUCUUUAACUGUUGUACUCACAGACAGCAGGAAUGCCUGAGACUUUCUCAUUGCUGUAUAAACCUAGUUUCCAUAGCUGUAGUAGCUGAGAAUGGUGCCCUGAAGGACUUUACUCAGAAGUGUUUAAAUUUGUCUGAAUUACAGCUAAAUUUAGAUAUUGCUCAAGGCUGUUUUGUUGCUUUUUCCAGUUAUUGGCCUGUAACCUUCCUGUUAAUUUGAAGAGUUGCUUUGGCAAAAAUGUUUUCCCAUGAAUUUGCACCACUCUUGAGACAGCCUUACUAAACUGUUCUGAAAAAUACCUGUUCUAUUCUCUGUUGUUUUUUUUUUUUUUCAACAGUAAUAUGUUAUCUGCUUUUUAACUUUCUUCUUUAUUCUUUUAUUUGCAGUGAUGUGGUUGCAUGACCUGCAGCAUUAUUAUAACAGGGACUGUUCAGUGCAUGACUUGCUUUUCUGUCCAGACUGCAUAACCAAAACUUAACCAGUUCUACACUUAAGACUCAUGGCCAUCCGAUUUCAAAGGGGGAUCUACUUGCAGAGAAGCUUACCAUCCUGGGAAGUGGCUUUCCCAUUUCCCGCUUCCAUUUACUCUUUCUCUUCACAAAAGGUCUCCUAUGAGGCUAGAAGAGAGGAAAUCCAGUAUUCACAACUCAACAGGAGGCAUUCUGCAAACUGACAGGGCACUGUCAGCUCUCCAUCUUAUUUCCGCCUGUCCACUUUAUUUAAUUCUGAUUAACAGUAUUAACACACAGACUUCCUGCAACAUUUUCAUAUACUGAACUAUAAAAAUCUAGUCUUAAUGAGUUCCUAAAAAGGCCUUUUGGUUACUGUUAAAAUUUCAAAGCACCUGCACCCUUAAAGGAUCCACUUUGAAUCUUUAAAUAAAUAAAGUAAAGCGAAGGAGGUGUUUUACCAGGAGAAAUGACUAAUGAGUUGCUGCUUGGCGAUCCCAUCUUCCUUAGAAAACCAAGCAAGUUUCAUCUGAUAAUCUCCGAGCCAGUCAAACUACCGGGUGGUAUUUUGUUCACAGGCACUGCCUGCUUCCUUAAUAUGUAUAUACACAGUAGUUUGUGGCUGUUGUAUUUUUCUCUCUACAUUGAGCUGUAUUGUUCGUUUAUAUCAGAAACUUUUUUUUUUUUUCCAAUCUGUGUACAAUUGUUAAAACAAUCUGAGGAAAGAACAUGAAUGGAGAACAAGUAUGAAAGUCAUCUACACUUUCAUAUUAUGCAGACUGUCCUUGCCAGUUUAUAAUUUGGGUCGUUUGUCUUUCACCUGUACUGGUUUUUUUCCUUUCCUUUUUUUUUUUCUCCUAUCACAGUCUUAGCUAUUUAAUUUCCAAUUGCACUAGCUUGGCUUUUCUUUGUAUUAUGAAGUUUAGCUAUAAGAUUUGCCAUAUGUAGACAGUGUAACUCAAAAUGCUUUGUACUGCCUAUAUUAAUUUAAAAAGCUGCUUAUUUAAUAUUCUUAAAGAUCUGCACAUUUGUACUACUGUAUCUUUGUUUUGUAUUGGACAUCCAGUACUGGCAAGAUUCAGAAGACGAGGGAGUGCUGUAGUGUUGUAAGUUAAGAGGUUUAUUGUAUAGAAGUUAGUACAUAACAAACAGGGAAAGGGGCUUUCAAGCCGUAGGACUUGCUGGAAAAUCUGAAAAGAGUGAAUGCUGAGAACGUUAAGUCCAGUUCUAGGGAAACCCCAUUCUUGUUCACCUGGAUCUUAAUCUGCAGAAACACAAGCAUGAUGUGUACUCUGCUGCCUCCAGGAAUGGUUUUGCUUAUUUAGGCGGUAGCAGAACCACCAGCCCUGUUUUCCAGGCUGAGGAAGUGUUGUGUCCACUCGUCUCUGCAGUCCCUUCUGGUCACAAACUCAGUGCCUGCCUCAUCCCUGGCCUGUCGAACAGGGCUCUGGACAGAGCUGCAGCUUGUGCGCCGAGACAGCUGCCUGUGCUCAGUCCUCAGGGAUCCUGAUCCCACAGAGUCAGUGGGCUCGUGCUGGAUGAUGUGGAGGAAGGACAGACUGUGUGCCCCCCCAGAGGGGCUGUGGUUGGUGCUGCCUGGCAAAGGGAAGGGCAGGUAGGAAUGGGCUCCAAGCAGACCAGGCAGGGCAGCCAAGGAUAAGCAUUAAGAUCCCAGUGAGAACUGUGUGGUGUUUUCCCUUCUGAAUGCCAUACCUGACAGGUGAGCCUGUGGCUACCAGGUGCUCUGGCUGGCAGCUGUCCGUAGAGACUUCAGAUGGGGAUAUGUCUUUCCUGGUCCACCAGGGCCAGGGACAGUGAAGUCUGACGUGACCUGCAGCCAGGAUCUGGGGUUUGGUGAUAACGAGUCAGCUGUUCCUACAGCAGAGGCAGCAGCAUUUCAUCAGACUGAGUCAGCAGGUUUGUGUCCUUCCAGGUCCUAGCCAUUGAUCCCUUGUUAUGUGUCAGGGCAAGCAUUACUAGUAAAACUUCUUUUAGUUGGGUGUUAAAGGCAUGGUAUGUUUUUCAUUUGCAAGUGCUGCUCCGGCUGGGACCACACCCUGCCCCAAGCCAGGCUGGGUGCAGGAUCCCUGAAAUCAGGGCUCUGUGCUGGGCGGGAGGGGAUGCUUUUUUUUGUGCACCCGCCUGCACAGGUGUCCCAAUGUGAAGCCGAGCAGUACCUCAUUUCUCCAAGUGGUCUGUGCAGAUUAGAGACUAAAUAUCAGUUGUUCUUGAGCCUUGAUGACAUUUGUAUGUAAGUGUGUUUAGCUUGACAAAAGUUGUUUUGAGUUUACUAAUGCAACAGAGAGAUGUCAGGUGAAGCCAGUAACUUUCAGCAAGGAGCUGGCUACUUUAAUUAGAUUAGCCUGGCAUCUCUGUCAUGAAGUGGUUGCAAGCUCUCAACUCAGAGGUGAUCUCCAGCAUGUCUCUGAUUACUAACUUCAUUUGUGCUGCAUAGAAAACUCUCUUACCUUCUUAAUAGCGGCUUGUUUGACAGUCCUGAAUUAAAUGUUGACCAAUUAUCAAAGUAACUGUUUGUGAAGUUGCCAGUGAUAUAUUUUCUGUAAAAAAAUGGAUUCGUAGAGUGUCAAAACAUUAAUUUCCCAUUUGAGUUCAUCAACAAAUUGUGUAACUACCAGAUUGUCAUGGUAGCAGUAUUGAUAUACAUACCUGUAUAUAGACAAAAAAAAUACUCAGUAAUGAUAAUUGGAAUCAAAAGGUUUAAUAUUUUUUCCCAGUCAAAUACACUAAUGCUUCAAAGGUGAUAGAAGAGUGUACAGUUGUUAAACAAGUUGUAAAUAAACGCUUAUAUAAAAUGUAAA